UUUCAUUCUGAUCUGUUUGUGUUUUGGUUUUUUAUUUUGUAGAUGCGUUACAUCAGUGUUAACUUUCCCAUUAUACACACAAGGAAUAUUAAUGUAUGUUUUGAUUUGAUUUAAUUUUUUGUUUUGUUAAAAUUGAGGAAAAAGUGCAGUGUGAUUAGCAAGAGAUGGCGACCAGCAAGUCCGGCGGUAUGAGCAACAAAGUGACCACUGUGGUGGCCACUGCUGGCUAUGGGCUGGACAUUAUGAGCGAGAUUAGCUACACCGAUAGCAAGGUGAUAGGCAACGGCAGCUUUGGCGUGGUAUUCCAGGCCAAAUUGGUGCCGUCCAAUGAGUUGGUGGCCAUUAAGAAGGUCCAUCAGGAUCGCCGCUUCAAGAAUCGAGAGCUGCAGAUCAUGAGGAAAUUGAAGCACGACAACAUCGUGACUCUCAGGUAUUUCUUCUAUUCGAGUGGUGAGAAACGUGAUGAGGUAUAUCUGAAUCUGGUAAUGGAGUAUAUGCCCGAGACGCUGUAUAAAGUGGAGAGGCAAUAUGCGAGAGCCAAGCAGACGCUUCCAGUGAACUAUGUGCGUUUGUAUAUGUACCAAUUGCUCCGGAGCAUGGCAUUCCUGCAUAGUCUGGGAUUCUGUCAUCGUGAUAUCAAGCCGCAGAAUAUGCUACUCGACGCAGAGUCGGGUAUCCUGAAAUUAUGCGACUUUGGUAGUGCCAAACAAUUGAUCAAUGGUGAGCCGAAUGUUUCGUACAUCUGUUCGAGAUAUUAUCGGGCUCCGGAAUUGAUUUUUGGAGCCACGGAUUAUUCAACUAAAAUCGAUAUGUGGAGUGCUGGAUGCGUGCUGGCCGAACUGCUAUUGGGACAAUUGAUCUUUCCCGGGGAAUCUGGGGUAGAUCAGAUUGUGGAGAUAGUCAAAGUGAUGGGUACGCCCACAGCUGACCAAAUGCACGAUAUGAAUCCUAGCUAUAAACAAUUCAAAUUGCCUCAACUGAAACCGCAUCCGUGGCCCAAGGUCUUUCGCAUACGCACACCAGCCGAAGCCAUUGAUCUGGUCUCGAAAUUGUUGGUCUAUUCACCCAGUUUGCGUGUCUCCCCGAUGAUGGGAUGUGCGCAUCCUUUCUUUGAUGAGCUGCGUCAGGAUCCGUUUCAGGUGUUGCCCAAUGGAAGAAGUCUGCCGCCCUUGUUUAAUUUCACUGACCACGAGCGGUCCAUAGAGCCAAGUGUUAUGCCCCUGUUACUGCCCAAAGCGACGGCACAGCCAGACCGCGAUUUGGGUGGUUCACGCUUGCGAAAUACAGCUGGAGAGGAGUGUUUACCCAAAGGCAAUGUUGUGACACCCAAACUGGUGUCCAUUAAAAAACCUUUAAGCACUGGCGAGGCCGUGGCAAAACAAAGUGAGGCAACGACAACGCAUCGACGAGAUCUGGGUAAUGGGGAUCAUGUGGUGCAUGUUCCGGUGGAUGAAGCCUCAGCGGAAAGCGAAGCUCCUGACGAACACGGAGCCGAUGAAGUCGAUGUUGAUGAUGAUGACGAGGAUGAAGAUGAUGAUGCGGCUGCAGAUGAUGAGGAUUAUUCUGAUCAGGAUGACGAUAACAAUAACCAUAACAAUGAUGAUGAUGACGAUGAUAAUGACGAUGAUAAUGACGACGACGACAAUGAUGAUGAUGACGAUGAUCAUGACAGUAAUACCGUUAGUGAUGACGAAGAUGAAUCGGAUGACGAUGAGAACAAUUGACAAAUGAUUUUUAAUUAUUGUUAGGCUGAUUCGAAUUGCAUUUACUCCCAAUUGUUAUAAGCAAAUAAAAAAAAAAUUUUAUGUUAUUUAA